AGUGCUGUGGAGAAUUCAUAGCUGAAUCAGGCAAAUUCUGAGCCUCACUCGAAGAACUGUCCCUAACUUUUUCAAAAUACAAAUGACAGACACGUUUUAAAAUGCCUAGUUAAUUUUGUUCUCUUCCUACCAAGGACACAAUGUUUGCAAGAGGAAUAAAGAGAAAAUGUUUUGAUGGUGAAGAAGAUAUUGAAGGUACCCUGGCUGGUUUUAAGGCUAUUCCCUCAUAUAAUCUUAAGCGGCAAUCACUUUUAGACAUGUCUCUGAUAAAACUACAAUUGUGCCACAUGCUUGUUGAACCUAAUCUGUGUCGCUCAGUUCUCAUAGCAAAUACUGCAAGGCAGAUUCAAGAAGAAAUGACCCAGGAUGGAACUUGGCAAGUGAUAAAUGCUCAGAAUACAGGACAAGCUUCUCUUGACCAACUAGCAUCAUCAGAUAUCCUUUGUCGUUCAACAAAAGAACAGAGUGACGGGAAACUCAUUCCAAGUUAUAGUAGUUUCUCAAAAGACUUUGAAGAUAUCCAGUCCCAAGAUAUUAUUUCUGACCUGUCCACAGUUACAUCAGUACAAGCUUCAAGAAACCCUCAAGGUAAUGUUUGGGAAAUGGAGAACUCUCCCGAAAAUAGGGGAAACUUUCAGAAGUCACUAGAUCAAAUAUUUGGAACAUUGGAGAACAAAAAUCCUAAUUCUGUAGAAGACUUAUUUUCAGAUGUUGACAAUUCUUAUUAUGAUCUUGAUACAGUAUUAACAGGAACGAUGAGCAACACAAAAAUGGGACAUUGUGAUGUGCUUGAGAGCUUUUCAUCUCAAACAACCACAAAUUCUAAUAUAAAUGAGCUUGACCAUAUUGUGGAAAUCCUUGUUGAAUCUUGAAAUGGUUAAAUUCAAAGCAUGAUACUUUGAAGAAUUCAAGAACUUUUGAAAAAACAAGCCUUCAAAUAGUUUACUAUCAAAUGUAUAUGUAAUCUACAUAAAAGAUAAAAAGCACUUCAUUUUGUGAAAUAGUGUUAUCUUUAAAGCUAACAUGCUUAUUUUGCCUUUGACAAUUUAAAUUUGUCCACUGAAAUUUUACUAUCUACUAGUUGCAGGGUCUGAAACUUCCAAGAUUAGGCAUAGUCUACUUUUUCUUUCCUGUUUCAAGGCAAAAAAGGGAGAUUGGUACAAAUAGGUUCUUGAUUUUUUAUUUAGCUUUUUUCUUUUUUUUUAAGGGUCUAUAUUUAAACUUUUAAUUGUCCUGAUUCCUUUUAUCUUCCCUCUUUUUCAGCUACAGUCACUAGCCUUCAACUUGAUUAGUCUAGAUAGUUGUUUUUUUAAUCAGUUUUUUGUAUGUUUUGGGCAAGGUUUUACCUUUUGAAAAUUUUUUAUACUUUUAUCAGUGUUUAGAUUUUCCAGCUAUUUUCCUAAACAUGUAUUUUUACUAUAAAUGUCCUUUCUGCUGCUACUUCAUUAACUUUUUCAUAGCAUAAACACUUGGAAUUGGUAUGUUUCUGUUAAAUUUUUUAAAGUUUUGUUUUUCAGAAUGAACUAUAUUGUAGUUCAGUAAACUGUAAAUAUGCAACAUGCUUUAAAAUGUAAGAACUGUUUUCAUAAUCAUGUAGUGCUUAAAGUUGAGAAACAUAUCUCUUUUUAUACUUGAGUAUCAUUAGAGGGGGGAAAAUGCUGAUCCAUAGAUACAGUUCUAUUAAAAGCCAUGCCUCAUGUUAAUUCUGAAUAUAAAUUAUGAUGUGUAGGGUUUUAUUUAUGUAUAUUUAUAUGUAAAUGUCAUUAGUGAAUUGUUUGUCAUUGAAGUCUAGGGUCAGGUUUCUUUAUGUGGAAAACUCUUGCACUAAUUUACUAAGUAAAGUGUUAUUGGGGGCCUUAGAAUCUCUAUCAUUGUGUUCUUAUGUAGAUCUAAAUUAGUAUGUUCUAUUCCCAUCUUAAAGUUUUCUGUAUAGCUGUUCUUCCUCUGAAAGGUGUUGCUUAGGUCUUUUACCUACUUUAAAUAAAGAAUACAUUCGUUGUAGAGUGUAUUUGAGAAAA